AUACUCGGCGCCGGUGUUCUGACAAAGCAAGCGGCGCUUAAGCCAAGGUAAUGAGUGUGUAAAGUAGCUGCUUAUUGCCAACAAAGGCGUCUUGGGACUUCCAUUGUCUUGGUGGGAAUCAUCACCUUUUCUCAGUGAAAUCCGCCGUGGAUUGUGUGCGUGCAACAGGAGGUAGAGACUAAAGCUGUGGCCUCUGGAACAAAUGGUGAAGCGAGUCGGCCAGCACAGGUCGGAGGCGGGGCCGAGCAACACCCACAAUUAAAGAUGAACUUUGCGUGAACUAAUUUAUCGGAGGGAGGAGAAGGUAAUGGGCUGCCCACGGGCUUGCCAGCCUAUAAAAACUGCGGCUUGGCACACCGGAGUCACAGACGCACACUGAGCUCCACCUGAAUUCUUCACCGGGCCCACGAGACGCUGCAACAUGGUCGUGAAUGCACUGUUGACCACGUUCUUGUGCACCGUAGCGCUUCCCAUUCUGCUGUUCCUGUUGGCCGUGAAGCUGUGGGAGGUUUACACGCUCCGAUGCAGAGACCCGACUUGCCCUUUCCCGUUGCCCCCCGGAUCCAUGGGCUUGCCUUUCAUUGGAGAGACGCUGCAACUCCUCCUCCAGAGGAAAACAUUUCUUCGGAUGAAGCGGGAGAAGUACGGUUACAUCUACCGCACACACCUCUUCGGGAACCGCACGGUGCGCGUAACUGGCGCGGAUAACGUCAAGCAGAUCCUCCUGGGGGAGCACAGGCUGGUGUCCGCGCAGUGGCCCGCUUCUGUUCGCGCGAUCCUGGGCACGGAGACGCUCUCCAACGUGCACGGAGCUCAGCACAAGACUAAAAAAAAAGCUAUCCUCCGCGCCUUUUCCAGGGAGGCUUUAGAGCUCUAUAUCCCCGUUAUCCAGGAGGAAGUUCAGGCUGCAGUGAAGGAAUGGCUGGCAAGUGACUCCUGCGUGUUGGUCUACCCAGAGAUGAAGCGGCUGAUGUUCCGCAUUGCCAUGAGGGUUCUGCUGGGCUUUGAGCCAGAGCAGAUUCAAACCGAUGAGCACGAGCUGGUGGAGGCUUUUGAGGAAAUGAUCAAGAACCUGUUCUCUUUGCCCAUUGAUGUGCCUUUCAGUGGACUGUACAGGGGUCUGAAAGCGAGGAACUUCAUCCACUCCAAGAUUGAGGAGAACAUCAAGAAGAAAGUGCAGGAGUCAGACCAGGAGUGGAAACCCAGAGACGCCCUGCAGCAGCUCAUAGACAGCAGCAACAAGAACAAAGAGCCCAUCAGCAUGCAGGCCAUCAAGCAGUCUGCCACAGAGCUGUUGUUUGGGGGGCAUGAAACCACAGCCAGCACAGCCACCUCUCUGGUCAUGUUCCUGGGUCUAAACCCCAAAGUUGUGGAUAAACUGAGACAGGAGCUUGAGGACAAGGCGGAGCAGGGCAUGGACCUACAGAGCCUGAACAUCGAGUCCUUGGAGCAGCUGAAAUACACAGGCUGUGUCAUCAAAGAGACGCUGAGGAUCAACCCUCCUGUCCCCGGAGGCUUCAGAGUGGCCCUCAAGACCUUUGAGCUCAAUGGUUACCAGAUUCCCAAAGGCUGGAACGUUGUCUACAGUAUCUGCGACACUCACGAUGUGGCAGAGAUCUUCCCCGACAAAGAAGACUUCCAGCCAGAGCGCUUCAUGACCGAUCCUUGUGCGGACUCCUCCAGGUUUCAGUACAUCCCAUUUGGUGGUGGCUCCAGGAUGUGCAUUGGGAAGGAAUUUGCCAAGGUUCUGCUGAAGGUGUUCCUGGUGGAGGUGGUAACAAAGUGUCACUGGACUCUUUUAAACGGGCCUCCAACCAUGAAAACAGGACCUACUGUCUAUCCCGAAGACAAUCUGCCAACCAAGUUCACCAGCUAUGUACAAACUUAAACAGAAUAGACAUUUCAGAUUAAUUUUCUAUUUUCCCCAAAAGUCAUAAAAGAUUUGUUUGCAGACUCACUCACACAUGAACAGGAGAAUAUGUUCCUUUUAGCUUCGUGUCAGUGUUUAAGCAUUAACUGUACAUAGUGUAGAUUACACAAGAGCAAAUUUUAUAUUCUACUAUUUAUACUUUGGAUUUGUGUAUAUUCUUUUUCUUGAGCUGAGCAAAAUGAAUGAGAGGCACUCUGUAGACCUGUGUCUAUAGGACUGUACAUAUUUAAUGUGUCUGUUAAUAUAAAUAUACCUUUUCUAUUGGACCUCAGCUGAUGUUUGAAUGUUUGGGUUUUAUUUAAUAAAACAAAUUUGCAGAAGU